UACUAGCUAGGGUUUUAUCGGCCAUGGAAAUGGAUGAACCUGCACUCUCCAUUCAUGAAGCGAACGAUGAUUUUUGCAAUUCAAUCCUCUCUCGCUUCGCCAACUCCACGAGCGAAAGCCACCAGCACCUAUGCGCCGUCAUCGGCGCUAUGUCUCAGGAGCUCAAAGACCACAAUCUACCUUCGUCCCCCGUAGCCUACUUCGGUGCCGCAUGCUCUUCUCUGGACCGCAUCGCAUCCGAACCCAACCCUCCCAACCACGCCAUCGACGCACUUCUCACCAUCCUCUCCCUCGUUAUUGCCAGAGUACCCGUCGCUGUGUUGAAAAAGAAGAGAGAGUUCUUGUCGGAGCUCUUGGUUCGAGUUAUCCGCUCUCAGUCGGUUGCGGAGAGUGCAGUAAUUUCCGGAUUGAAGUGCCUUUCGCAUUUGUUGUUCAUCAGGGAUAGUGUCUGCUGGUCUGAUGUGUCUAACUUGUUCAACGUCUUGUUGGGAUUGCUUACUGAUUCACGACCUAAGGUCAGAAGACAAUCUCAUUUGUGUCUACGUGAUGUCUUGUUAAACUUUCAAAAUUCUUCACUACUGGCAUCUGCAAGCGAAGGAGUCACAAACCAACUCGAAAGGUUUCUUUUGCUUGCGGGUGGAGCAAAUGCAAAUGCAGGUGAAGGAACUACAGGAGCACAACAGGUUCUGUAUAUUCUUGAUGCCUUGAAAGAAUGUCUUCCUUUUUUGUCACUGAAAUACAAGACCAGCAUUCUUAAGUACUUCAAAACUCUCUUGGAUCUGCGUCAACCCCUAGUCACAAGGCGCAUAACAGACGGUUUGAAUUUUCUCUGUCUUCACCCAACAUCAGAAGUUUACCCUGAAACACUACUUGAUUUGUUAAGCUCGUUGGCUCUUAAUAUCACAUCAAAUGAGAUGUCUGGAGAUGGAAUGACAUUUACUGCUCGCUUGCUUGAUGCUGGAAUGAAUAAAGUUUAUUCUCUUAACAGGCAAAUAUGUGUAAUUAAGCUCCCCAUUAUCUUUAACGCUCUCAAAGAUAUUUUGGCAUCCGAACAUGAAGAGGCCAUAUACGCGGCCACAGAUUCACUCAAGAGCAUUAUAAAUUCUUGUAUUGAUGAAAGUUUGAUUAAACAGGGAGUGGAUCAGAUCACUUUGAGUGAAAACAGGGAGUCAAGGAGGUCAGGGCCAACUAUAAUUGAAAAAAUUUGUGCAACUAUUGAGAGCUUACUUGAUUAUCACUAUAAUGCUGUCUGGGACAGAGUAUUUCAAGUUAUUUCGGCUAUGUUUCAUAAAUUAGGAAACUAUUCUCCUUAUUUUAUGAGAGGAAUACUCAAAAACUUGGAAGAUAUGCAGAAGCUACCUGAUGAAGAUUUUCCCUUUAAGAAACAGUUGCAUGAAUGCUUUGGAUCAGCUCUUAAUGCAAUGGGACCUGAAACUUUGUUGUCCCUUAUACCUCUGAAUUUGGAAGCUGAAGAUUUAUCUGAUGCAAAUAUUUGGCUUUUUCCAAUUCUAAAACAGUAUAUUGUUGGUGCAUCUUUAACCUAUUUUACAGAAGAAAUUCUGACUAUGAUUGAACGUUUGAGGGAGAAGGCUCGAAGGCUUGAGAAGCAAGGACUGAUGGUGUCGUCUAGGAAUGCUGAUGCACUUAUGUACUCUUUGUGGUCGUUGCUGCCUUCAUUUUGCAACUAUCCUUCAGACACUGCUGAAAGUUUCGUGGAUCUGGAGAAACAUUUACGUGAUAAGCUAAAAGAAGAACCUGAUAUUCGCGGAAUAAUAUGCACUAGUUUGCAGCUUCUGAUUCAGCAAAACAAGAACAUUGUGGAUGCAAAUGACAAUGAUUAUAUUGGGCAAGAUAUGGCCAAAGAACAAGUUUUUGUCCGUUAUUCUCAACAGGUUGCAACAGACAAUUUGUUUGUGCUGAAGUCAUCUGCAAGGAACUUGUUAAAGGAUCUGUCAGAAGUAUUCCUGAAUUCUACGAAAGAUGAUGGUGGUUGUUUGCAGCACACAAUUGGUGAUAUUGCAUCUAUAGCAGAUAAAGCAGAUGUGCGCAGUUUAUUCAAGGAGAAAAUGUGGAACCUUUACAAAUGCACUCGAAAGGCCAGCAAAGUAGACAAUUCAAAAAGUUUUCAUUCUAUGAAGAUUGAUGAUGCAUCAAAUAAUGUGUCUCCAUCAGUUUUCAGGGUGCGGCUUAUUGAUUUUUCAGUUUCACUGUUGCCUGGUUUAGAUGCGGAAGACAUUGAUUUAUUAUUUCAAGCAAUAAAGCCGGCAUUGCAGGAUGUUGAAGGUGUCAUGCAGAAGAAGGCGUACAAAGUCCUUUCAAACAUUCUCAGGAGGUCAGAUAGUUUUGUUUCAUCGAAGUUUGCGGAACUGCUUCAGCUAAUGGUUGAGAUUCUUCCUUCGUGUCAUUUUUCUGCCAAACGUCACCGACUUGAUUGCCUUUACUUCUUAAUAAUCCAUGUCUCGAAAUCAAAGGACAAUUUGGAGCACUGGCCCGAAAUUGUUGGUUCUUUCCUUACUGAAAUAAUACUUGCUCUUAAAGAGGCUAAUAAAAAAACCAGGAACAGGGCUUAUGAAAUUCUCGUUGAAAUUGGCCAUGCAUUUGGGGAUGAGGACAAAGGUGGGAACAGAGAAAACUUGUAUCAAUUUUUUAACAUGGUUGCUGGAGGCCUUGCUGGGGAAACUCCACAUAUGAUAAGUGCAGCAGCCAAAGGUUUGGCUCGUUUGGCUUAUGAGUUCUCUGAUCUUGUUUUGACUGCCUUCAGCUUGCUCCCGUCAACUUUUCUUCUCCUCCAAAGAAAAAAUAAAGAGAUAAUUAAGGCUAAUCUAGGUUUGAUAAAGGUAUUAGUAGCCAAAUCACAAGCGGAGGGUCUGCAAAUGCACCUGAGGAACAUGGUAGAGGGCUUGUUGAAGUGGCAAGACAACACCAAAAAUCAUUUUAAAGCAAAGGUUAAACUUCUUUUGGAAAUGCUUGUCACAAAAUGUGGACUGGAGGCUGUUAAAGCCGUCAUGCCUGAACAGCAUAUGAAACUUCUUUCCAACAUACGGAAGAUCAAGGAGCGGAGAGAGAGGAACCGAGGUGCUAAAUCUGAGGAAACUAGAUCUCAUCUCUCAAAAGCAACUACGUCCAGGCAGAGUAUGUGGAAUCAUACAAAAAUUUUCUCGGAUUUCGAUGGAGAUAGUGGCAAUAGUGAUGCAGAAUACCUGAAUGCCAAGACAAUUUCUGGACGGAGCAAGUCUUCCUUACAUAUCAAAUCAGCAGCAUCUUCAUAUAGGCCCAAUAUCAGACUAAAGAAGAAUUUACCCGAGCACUUGUCUGACCAAUCUGAUGAUGAGCCACUUGAUUUGCUUGAUCGGCAGAAAACGAGGUCAGCUCUUAGAUCAUCCGAGAAUCUCAAAAGAAAGUCAAUGUUAGAUGAUGAGGUGGAGUUAGAUUCUGAAGGACGCUUGAUUAUCCGUGAGGAAGAACAGAGAAAUGAAAAAUCUGCCGAUUCUGAUUUUGAUUGUCGGAGUGAGCCUGAUAGUCACUUGUCUGCUAAGUCUGGAACUAAAGUCCAGAAGCGGAGAAAAACAUCAGACUCUGGUUGGGCUUACACAGGGAAGGAAUAUGCGAGCAAGAAAGCAGGUGGAGAUCUGAAGAGGAAAGACAAACUUGAACCUUAUGCAUAUUGGCCACUUGAUCGGAAAAUGAUGAGUCGUCGACCCCAGCAGCGGGCUACUGCAAGAAAAGGUAUGGCUAGUGUUGUAAAGAUGAGUAAAGAGCUUGAAGGCAAGAGUGCCUCAGGUGUGCUGUCCCUUAAGAGUUCGAAACUAAAACGAACUCAAAAGAAAAGCGGCAAGCCAAAGAAGAUGUAAGUACCGCCAGCUUAUAUUGAUAUGUCAUGAAUUUGCAGUACCAAUUUUGAUGCUCCUGUGAGUUGUAGGUCUAAGUUAAAUCAAAUAUAAUGUACUGUUUUAUUUUCAUAUAUUUAUUUGAUGAGAGAGAAAAGAGGGCUUUUGGUUGCAGUUUUGUUUUCUUUAUGAAAUCAGUUGUACUGUUUUCUGUUUUUAGUACUCACUAAAGGUGGAUCACAGAAAUUCCUUUACGAUAGGUUGAUACAAGUAUGGAAUCUCUCAGAUAAUUUUUUUAU